AUGGAGUUCCACCUAGUUGUCCUGAAGUUUGAAAAUGGAACAAAGAAACCUCAACAACAGAAAGGUAAAAAAACUGAUACAGGGAGGGAGGUAGGCAAACUUUCUGUAGCUGAAAUCACGAAUACCUGUUUUGAACUUGCUAACCAGAGGGUAAAAUGCGAUCCAAGCCAUGAUACAUCUAUGGCUUGUUGUAUGAUAUACAGAGAGGAUGUUGUACCAAAGGAUGUAAAUUCUGCUGUUGCAACAACUAAGACCAAACGUACCAUCCAAUUUGUACACUGGUGUCCAACUGAUUUUAAAGUAGGUACCUAUCAACUACGAACUGUUGUACCUGGAGUUGAUUUGUCUGAAGCACAAUGUGCUGCAUUCAUGUUGUCCAACAUUAUAGCUAUUGCUAAAGCCUUGGCAAGAUUAGACUUCAAAUUUGAUCUUAUGUAUGCCAAGAGAACUUUCGUCCACUGACACGUAGGAGAGGGUAUUGAAUAA